AUGACUUCCCACAUCCCUUCUCCACCUUUUAGUCAUCGCAUCGUCAAUGAUGCCUUCACUCCACUAUACCGACCCCCACCUCCAAACAUUCGGCUCUACGACACCCUUUUUGUCAGCUCUGAGAGCCUCGAAGACCUUGCAGAAGUUACUGGACGCGUCAACAUUUCAACCGACAUCGAAGGUAGUAUGCCGCACGUGAAGGAAUGUGUCUUAGGGUUGGAUCCCAGUCCAAUGACGGAUGGGAUAUGGGCAGUUAGAGGUGAUGCCACUUUGGUCCGACCACACGAUACCAUAGCAGCUCGGGGAAUCCACAAAAGUCCUUCACACCAAUAUAUCAACCUCCGCCCCCAAGUCUCCAGACCUUUUGAUUACCUUCGCGCCAUCCUGGAUACAGCCUUGCUAUUCGAAAUCCUGGGCACGCGAGGUCAAAUCUACGGCACUGUUACCGUUGACUCUGAGAAUUGGAAAAGACUCCGCAGAGGCUAUAGGACAUGA